AUAUUUGGUAUGUGAAUUGUUGUGAUUCGUGAGACACUAUUUUGAUCAGCUCCCUGGUUGAAUAACAAGUUGGUUCUUCUAAACAAUGGAUGAUCGACCCGUUAGUGGUGUGGGUGCUUACAAAGUCAACUGGGAUGAAAUUGAUGAAUUGUCUAAUCCAUUUGCAAAUGGUGGCAAAGGUAUUCCAUCUCAACACCGACCUAAAGCUGUCCUCAAACCGUCUGCACACGGAGAUGUUUCGAAUGAUGAUACAAAACAGUCCAAUUUACUACCACCUGAUGCAGAACUUGAAAAGCCUCCUAAGCAAUCUCUACAAAAAUCCAAACCAGUAAACCAAACUCUUCCAAAACCGAAUAGUUCUACUGAGGUUCAACAAUCAUUGAAUCUGCCAUCAUCUACAGCGAUAAGUGAUCAAGACAAUCCUAAAACCAUUCAAAAUGAAAAUAUUCUUCAGUGUAAUGGUGAAACUCUUUCAGUUGCUAAUCCUCAAUUAAUCCCGUCUCCUGAGAAGAUAUCUGAGGCGUUACAAAGUGUUAUCAAUGAUCAGUCUAACAAAACUGCUGAUGAUAAUGAUCAUUCAGAAGUUGAUGACGAUGUCUCUUAUGAAGCGGAGCAGAUUUUAGAUGAACCAGUUGAAAAUAGUUUUGAUAAUGAUAGAAAAAACAAGAUUGUUCCAGAUGUAAUGCAGACUUCACGUAUUGAUUCAUCAACUCGACCAGCAUCACCAGCACAACCGGGAAUGCUCAACAAAUCGGAUAAUAAUGUUAAAAAUAAUAAUAAUAAUAAUAAUAAUAAUACGACAGUUUCAUUGAAUGGAAAAGAUAAUUUCCAAUUACCACCUCAACAUCCAUCAAAGAUAUCACGAGAUAUAAAAACAUUAAAUGAUACCGAGUUAACUGCAUUACGUAAUGAACGUGAUCAACUUUUGUUAACGAUUGAAGAAAUGAAACAUUGUAUCACAGAAUAUGAUCGUAGUUUACAGCAUAUGAUUGAAGAGAAAGCAAUCAGUCAAAAUCAAAUGAAUGUACCAGUCUCUGAUUUAAUUAAAGAACGUGAUGAAGCUGUUGAAGAAUUGGCUACAAUUGAAAAAGCUUUCGGUGAUUUACAUCGACGUUUUGAAAAGUCAAAACAGAUUAUUGAAGGAUUUAAACAAAAUGAAGAUGCUUUGAAACGAAGUAUUGAAGAGUAUAAAAGUCUAUUACAACGUCAAGAAAGAAAAUAUUUAGCCUUAAAAAGCAUGCUGAAGAUCAAUUGCUAAAAGUUAACCAAGAUACAGAAGCAUUGAAACAUGAAUUUGAGACAAAUCAAACCCGUUUACAAGCUUCAUUGAGAAUAGCUGAACUUCAGGUUAAAAGUCUUGAAUCUCAGUUACAACAAAAGACUAGAGAAAAUGAAGAAUUAACAAAGAUCUGUGAUGAAUUAUUGAGUAAAUAUGGUGGAUUAACUUGAUGCCUAUGUAAUUAAUGUUGACGUAUAUACAAGAGAUAACACAAUGUAACCUGUCUAUAUAAUGCCAAAAAAAAAAAGAAGAUGAAGCAAUGAAUAGACGAAAGGAUACAAUAUAUGUAUGAAUGUUUUCUUCUCUUUUCAAUAACUUUGUUUUCUCUGUUUUUUUUCUUUUUCUUAUUUGUACGUAAACCCAUAAACCACCAUCUAUGUAUCUGUAUUUGAAGCGUCCUUAUUUCAUAGACCUUAUCCACCAUAUAUAUAUAUAUAUAUAUAUAUAUAUAUAUAUAUACAUGUAUAAUAUUACAAUGGAAUCUCAUUAGGUGUUGUUUCUUUUUGGCACUGAACCUUUCGUUUCUCUGUCUGGAUAGCCCUAUUCAAGUUGUUGAUAGUAUAUAAUUGAAGUAAGCCUUUCUAUACAAAUUUAUUCGGUACUGGUUCCUAUGUACCUUAGUUUUUCCUGUACUGAGGAAAAACUCUUACAAUGAUACACACACAUGCAUAUAUAUACAUGGUUAUUAUUUCCUCUGUUUUACUUUAAGAAUUGGAGCAAAUUGUCAGAGGAGUACACCUACUGACUGAUUCUAAUCGAAAACCUACUGACACUAUACACUGUUCUGGUUAUUAUUAUUAUUAUUAUUAUUACUACACAUAUUAUACGCGAAUGAAUCCAGUGGAAUUAGCGCAUAUGUUGAAACUUGUGAAAUUGUUUUCGUGGCUAUGUUAUCGUGUAAAUGUUUAUUGCUGACAGGAAGUGGAAACAUAGAUUAUUUUCAAUUAAAUUCAUCGUAUAUCAGUACUAUUAUUAUUAAUAUUGUCAUUACUACUACUACUCACACUACUACUACUACCACUACUACUACUAGUACUACUACUACUCACCUUACUUACACUACUACUACUACUACCACUACUACUACUACUACUACUACUACUACUCACACUACUACUACUACUAUUACUACUCACACUACUACUACUAUUACUACUACUCACGGCACUACUACUCACACUGCUACUACUACUACUAUUACUACUCACAUUACUCAUACUACUACUACUCACACUACCGCUACACUACUACUACUACUCACAUUACUCAUACUACUAGUAAAUACGUAAACUGUUUUUCUGUGCAUCUCAUAUGUUAAUAAGCCUUCAGAAAAAAGUAUCGGCUUGUAAUUCUAUGAUUCAUUGAUCUGUUACAUCACUAUCAUUGGAGUAUUUUUUGUCAGGAUGUUGGAUAAACAGAUUUUACAAUUGGCCGAUUAUGUAAUAGGUUUAUUAAUUGAUAUGACUUUUGUGAAUUCGAUUGCAGAAUAACAUUAUUUGUCGAUUUAUUGCCCUAAUUGUUUUAUUAUGC